AUGUCGGACGCCGCUGUCGGCGUCAAGGACAGCAGCAGCCACCACCGCCGCAGCUUUGGCUCGAGCUCUAAACCCAGCACGAGCCGCGGCGCCGGCGCCGGCGGGAUCUCGGCGUUACAGCAGCUCAGUGAGCUCGCCACCGCCCGCAAUAAUGGCAACGGCACCAAUCACGCCGGUGGUCACAUUCACGCUGAUCAGCGCUCAACAGCAACGCAUGGACUCGCGCAAGUACAGGCCAGCCCUCCCACUACGAUAGACACUACUUCUACGCCACUCGAUCGCACGAUGGCUGCACGACCAGCGACUCGGAAUCACUCCGCCGCGAUGACGCAGACCGGAUCGGCGGCUCACCUCAUGGCCAGCACACCCAACGCCGCGGAUGGCGCAACAGCACGAUCGAAUGUGCUGACUCAGCCAACGCCACCUGCACCAGUAGCCACCACUUCGGCCAUCUCACCUGAUCUCAACCCUUUCGCACCUACGUCGCUUGUCCCGUCCCAUGAUUUCUCGCCUACACUCACACCGGCCCCAAUAGCCUCAGGCACCUCGGUGUCCCCGAACUCGACCUCAGCGCAGCAGCAGCAUCACCAUCGCCCCGGCCUCAGCCACACAGCCUCAAAACACAUUCUCAUCCCACCUCCGUACUCGAACUCCCUACCUUCCCACCCCAACCCACCCCGGCCGAUCCUCCCCUCCCCUCGAUCCCUCCCGCUCGAUCACCCUCCGCUCGAAGCCGCACCCCCACCUGCGGGGUCCAGCCCAGGUUCGACCAGUGUCGCCGCGAGUCAGGACGACGUCGAUCUGUUGGAUCCGAAUGAACCGUAUUCGAAAGCAAACCCCUCGGGCGCGGGCUUGAAGACGAGUAGUACGUUCUAUAAGUAGACGAGGGAUCCUAUGAGAUAGUGGAGCGGAGCUGACCCCCCGAAGAUUGGCUACUUUCUUCAGAACGAGCGGUGCAGAAUCGUGCAGCGCAGCGCGCAUUCAGGGAGAGAAGAGAAAAGCACAUGAAGUGCGUCAUUAUUUCAAACUUUCAAUGAUGAUCCUGAACUGAUGCCGCCCCUUGUGCUGAGUGCUGAACAGGGAUCUCGAAACCAAAGCCGGCCUCGUGGAAGAAUAUCAAGCGCGCGAGCGAAAGCACCUCCAAAGCAUCGACCAACUCGAACGUGAACUUUCCUACAAACCACGCCCACCUUCCUCUUCUUCCUCUUCACCCUGUUCAAAAUGUCACGCCACCGCACCGGACCGAGAUCUCCCCAAAGCCCAACCUUUCCCACCACCUCAACACCUUGCCGAAUCACCUCCACCCUCGACCUCCUCUGACGACCCCUCCCUCCCCUCCCUCCAUCACGCCCUCCAACAAAGUCGUCAACACGCGCACGACCUCGAAGUACAAAUCGAAGCUCUCAAAUCCGCUUUGGACGAAAGUCGACGGAUUUGCUCUGAUCUGAGAACAACGGUUUGGGAAUUUGGCAAUAGGGAUGGGGAAAGGAAAGAGGGGUGUAGUGGUGGGUUAGGAGGUGAGGGGAGAUUUACGGCGAAAGGAAGUGGAGCGGACGUGGAUUUGAGCAUGGAUGUGAACGUGGACGGGGACGGGGAGACGAAGAGGUGUAGGAAUGGGGAAGGGGUGGAUUUUAAAAACAGGGCCCAGGAAGCAGGGCAGGGACAUCUGCAGGUUCAGAUGCAGACUUUCCCGAUGCCUCUGAGCAAGAAGGCGAGGGUGUGGGAAUGA